GUUAUGCAGUAACGUAAUUUUUGAGUAUUUACAUAACAUUUCAUAAUUUAGUCAGUUUGUUUUGACAUUUUGUUUCACUAUUUUAAUUAUUCACUGGACACACCUGCUUCGAGCUGGCCACAUUUUCGCUGUCUCCGUUUCAGCAACAGCCAUGUGGGUGCCCAACCUCCCGGUGACGGUGCUCAGCGCCGUCGCUGCUACCGCUGGCGCCGUCUGCAUCUUCAAAGACCGACACAGCGGACCAGCUUUCAACAAAGAGGUGCGAGCGGAGAACAAGACUGUAAUCGUGACCGGCGCCAACACCGGCAUCGGAGAGGCCACCGUCUGGGACUUCGCCAGGAGGGGCGCUAAAGUAUUUAUGGCAUGCCGCGACAUGGAGAAGUGCGAGACGGCGCGACGCGAGAUCGUCCUAGAGACGGGGAACAAGUACGUGUACUGCCGGCCGUGCGACCUCGCCUCGCUCGCUUCCAUCGCCGAGUUCGUUAAAAGGUUCAAAGAAGAGGAGCCUCAUCUACACGUCCUAGUGAACAACGCAGGCGUCAUGGAACCGCCACAAGGCGUCACAGCUGACGGCUUCGAGACGCAGUUCGGCGUCAACCACUUAGGACACUUCUUACUGACCAACCUAUUACUGGACACGCUCAAGGCUUCCGCCCCCAGUCGAGUCAUAAUUCUAUCCAGCGGCGCACACUACAAGGGCCACAUUAAUAAAGAAGACCUCAACUUCGCCAAGAAAUACGACGCAGCGGCCGCUUACAAUCAGAGCAAGCUGGCGAAUGUGCUGUUCGCCAGAGAACUGGCUAGGAAGACUUUAGACGCAAACAUUACCGUGGCAGCCGUAGACCCCGGCCUAAGCGACACGAACCUCUCGCGCCACCUAGCGGUGUCAAAGAGCAUCACCCGCUUCGUCAUCUACCCGCUGUUCUGGCCCGUCAUGAAGAGCCCCAAGAUGGCAGCUCAAUCUGUGAUGCACGCGGCUUUAGAUCCGGAUGUGGCUAAAACUGCGGGAGAAUAUUUUGUUGACAUGAAACCUACGGAGCCGUCAAAGGAAGCUCAGGACUUCGAGCUGGCGGCAUGGUUGUGGCGCGUCAGCGAGAAGUGGACGCGGCUGGCCGAAUAUCGCACGCAACUCAAGACUGCUGCCGCGUAGAGUUUAUAGGGGAGAUGGUGUGCAAACGGAACUUUACAGCUUGG